ACCAAUGCUUCGCAGUUCAUCAUCAUCGCUGAUUGAGGUGAGGUGACACAACGCUGAAUGAGAAGUUGGAAAAGUUUUUCCUUUCCAAGACCACCAUCGCUCAGUAGAACUGAAUCGUGUGGGAAAUAAUUGUGUUUUGUUUUGGGUGACCGUGAGUCGUUCGUUGUGUAGAAUUUUCCGAAAAUCUUAGGAUUAGAUCAGUUCUCUUUGGAUGUAGGAUGUGAAUAGUUGCAAUCGGUGUGCAGGUGAAGGUUUUCACAUUGAUAGCAAGGGUAAUAAAAGUGCUGUUUUGGAAAGGGGAUCCCACUUGCCUAAUUAAGCUCCAUUGUGUGAAAAAUGGUGUUCACAUAUGUUUCGAGAAAAGCGAGCUUUUCCGACCUGGUUUCAAUCGCUCGGUAUUCGCUAGGUCAUUGAGAUAAUGCCUGGACUGUGGUAAUUAGUUGCUGCAUAGCAAUUGGAGCGGAAAAUUGAGUUUUCAUCCGUAGUUCCUUGGAACUGUGAAUUCUCUCUGCGGUAAGGACGAGGCUGUGAGCACAAAGUGUGUGGGAGUUUGGUGCGAGAAGGUUGAGCCUUUUGUUGCGGUGUUUGAACUGGUGCUGUAUUGCGUAUCAGUGUUGAAGAAUCUACUACGGAGUGGAGGUGGUGGUGGCCGUAUUGGCCAUCUUCUACUGCUUUCAACCCAUCCAGGCCAGAGGCAGGUGGCUGCCGCGGCAACCCUGGAUCUGAUCCGAAAGAAGAUGAAGCCCUAUCAGCCUUCCGAGAAGCUGGUAGUGCGAGAUAGCGUGUCGCUUAGCAUGGACGAAGAGCUGAGCGAUGACGUCGAGGACGAGGUGUUCAUUCGCGAUGGGCGUACUUGUCGGACUUAUGAGGACCGCGGGGCCAAGCGACCCUUGAUGGCACCUAGGCAUCGAGCAGCAGGGGGGAAAAACAGUAAAUCAACAAGUUGCGGCACGUCGAGCCCCAUAUUGAAAAAGUAUCGCCGAAGGCGUUGUUGGAAUUGCUGCGAGCCGUUCUGCUACGGAUUGGCUGCCAUCACCGUGCUUAUUGGUCUCAUCGUGUUGGCGGCACUUCUGCUGACGGCCUUCCCCCAACCGCUCCAGAAGAUCCGAGUCUGGUUCCACAAGGAGUCACCCUUCAGCGGUACCCUCAUCCAGGACAAGUUCGACAGUUUGUUGUACAAUGGGGCGGCCAACGACUCGAUUGAAAUCGUUCCGUGUACUCGCAUCACAGUGCAAAAGGUUUGGACCCGGGUAGUCGCGCGGGUGAACAGCGAGAGUCCUCUGAGGAAGCUCGAUGUCAACGGGGACGGAGUGCUGGACGUGAUCGUUGGGUACGGUAUCGAUGAAAUGAUUGACGACGCGCUGGGGUUCAUUCCUAGAUGUACCUCCUUGAAGACAAACUUAACGGAUAUGUGUGGAGGGGGAUUACUGGCAUUGAAUGGAGUCAACGGGGAAACUCUUUGGCAGAGAUGGACGUCGUUUACUAUUUUCUCGAUGAAAUGCUCGAUCGAUAUCAAUUCGGAUGGGCAGAAUGACUGUGUAGCGGCUGGAAGGGGUGGGUUGAUCCUGGCAGUUGAUGGAAGAAAUGGGAACAUACUGUGGGAAUUGAAGGAUUCUUCGGAUUUGGAAACUUAUGCGGGGACGAGUAUAGAUCUGUACACGAUCAACGUGGUUAGAGAUCUGAACAACGAUGCAAUUGAGGACGUUUUAGCGGUUCACGUGGAGGAAUCUUUGCGGGCACAUGGAGGUCAUAUCAAACUAAUAUCCGGAGCGACGGGAAUCAUUUUGAAGAGCAUUCCAACGCCAUAUCGGGAGGAAAUGUUUGUACCGAUACAGGUGCUACUGAACAAAGAUGGGUCAGAGCAGUUCCUGAUGGUGACCGGAGGUCAGAGUUCAGCUGGUGGGAUAUACACGUUGAAUCAGGAAAAUCUGAUGAAGUUCAACAGCGAGAAGGAUUUCUUGCCGGUUUUGCGAAUCAACUCAUCUGGGUUUAUGGUUCCUGCAGUACUGACGGACAUCAACGGGGACUCUGUGCAGGAUAUUGUGGUGAGCUCGUUCAAUUCUACGGUUUAUGCAUUUGAUGGAGUUAGCAAGAAGCAGUUGUGGUCUUACACGAUAGCAGAUUCUGAGAGCAUCAGUUCAAUAGUUCCUGGCCAUUUCGACCAUGACAACGUUACCGACUUCAUGGUGAAAUACAACACGGGCCCUGGUUUCCCAAUUUACUACUACUCGCAGACAAUGAUCAUCAAUGGCAGCAAUGGGCAACCGUUCUUGGAUAAUACGGUUAAGGACUCUGGUGGUUCAAACAGUCUUCUGGGUGGGCUCAGUAUCUCGCAGACAGGCGGUGGAGACUUUUUCUUGCAUUGGCAACUGCAGUGCAGAGACAAGCUUGAAACCACGGAGGAAUACCAGUUCGUCCCAGAGAGCGAUAUCAUUCAACAAUCAAGAGCGGAUGCCUGUAUGUUACGUUACAAUCGGUCUUCAGUCUUGAAGCUAUACACAAUUAACCGCCAUGUGGAACCCCCGGGUGCAGUUAUCUUCUCUUCAGAUGAUCUAGUCAUUAAACUCAAUGAAACAAUCAGCGAACAGCUUCGUGAGAAGUUUGUGGCUCCAAUCAAACAUCCUAAGAUGAAGCUGAAGGUCAAAGACGAUGGGCGCAGAGCAAGCGAAAGUCAGCAAACUCAAGUGCGGAUGGAUAAGAAGCUUGAUUUGCACAGCGCUCCUCCUGCAGGAGAGGCGGAAGGAGUUUCCGGAGAUGUCGGAGUGGUUAUGAGUGGCCCCAAGCAAGUUGCCACUGAACUGAGGAAACAGAAGCUUAGGGAACAAAUGCUCAACACCAAUCAGAUUCCGGAGACUUUAGAGUACGAGGAGGAAAAGAAACGGAAGCAGAAGAUGAAUCUGAACAAUGUCUACAAAAAAUAUACCUACAAUGCGAACGAUGGUGUGGAUUUGUUUAACGGUGACCCAGACAUAUAUCUACCAUACGAUCAAGUGGAUCCGGAUGCGCGCAACCCAUUCCUGGCGAAUCCUGUUCCACCUGUUCAACAAGUUCAGCCAGACUACGACUACAACGCAGCAAACGAAGACAUCAUGCAACCCGACUAUCAACGUCCCCGCUACAGAAAUGGAGGUAAUCGCUAUUCCGGUGGAAGGGACGUUCGCAGUAAAUUCGGUACAUUCGAUAACACGGACCUUCGUGAUUCCAAUUUGGAAGAGCAGGUGUUCAACGAGUCCAACCCGAAUUCGCAGAUCGUUAAAAAGGUGCUUCUCAACGAUGAGAUACUUGAAGAACUGAAAGAAAAUGGCAGCAGUUCAAAGGGUUCUAAGGAAACUCUGUGGGAUCUAGAGAUGGAGAAAGAAGCCAAGGAGGCAUUGAAUGACGUUAAUGCCCUGAACUUCGACUACAACAAGGAGAAGCGUGAAGUAGAUCCUGCUGUCAGCUCAACACAACCUCCCAGUACAACAUCUUCUCCGACGACAACCGAGUCUCCUCCAAACGAGAAUGUUCUUCCUUCGAUUGCAUCCACUGGAUUGUUACUCAAAUCGCUAAGCACUUCUCACACUAACCCGACCAUAGACUAUGUUUUUGUAAUGAACAUUCGUGAGUCGGAAACAUAUCCACCGCUUUUAUUAGAGCAAGACUUGACAUGCGUCAAAGACAAACUCUCCGCGUAUCGUACCUACAGCAACGAUGAUUUCCACGUCUUGGAGAAAGAGUUCUUGAUACGGUGCCUAGAAGAGCGGCUUCCUAAUGUAAAACCAAGCUACCAAAAGUACGAAACGCAGAUCAUUGUGACUCGGGUGGAGAUCGGCUGUUCAUGUCCCGAUGAUCUGAACCCGAAGCGUGAGGUAUGCUCCAAGUUGCACAGCUACGAUCAGCAACGUUGGACCGAAUACAUGGGAAAUGCCGGAAAUGGCGUCUACUGAGAUCAGGGCGGAGAGGGUGAGACGGUGUGAUCGAUGAAGGGCGGAAAGGCGGGAAAUACAGGAUGCUACAGUGUUGUAGGAAUAAUUUCUUUCCGUGCUUAGAGUAGGACCUCAUCCUUUUCGGAUCUAUUUUCAUCAGCUCUUCUACAUGAACUAGAUUCUUCCAAAAUAGAACAUACAAAGCUGGCGUGAAUAAUAUGGCAAGGGCGGAAAUUUUGAUGCAUCACUGCGAAAAUCAACCCUUUCCUUAGUAUUUGCAAUUCAGCCAAUAUGAUCGUCAAAAUGUAAUCAGAUCGCACUUGAAAUGCUGCUUAAUAAUCAAUUUUGAUCGUUUACAUGUCAGAAUUGAUCGUUUGAAUGUCAAAACGAUCGCACGUCAAGUCAUUUGCUUCCUCUCAAAGCUAUAACCAGAUUGCGGAUGAUCGUCGUUAACAACUGGAAUUACCCGUUGCAUACAAUGCAAGGAUUCUGCAAACCACUACUAUAACACAUAAAUGUACAAAAACUACUGUUUAUCUAUCUAUUGCGUAUUUUUUACACUAUUGACCUUUUUUCGGUGCAACAAGUUUGGAGUUGCAUCAAAUCUUGCCAAUAAUGAAAGAAAACCCCAAUAUUACAAUCUAGUACUAAUUCAAAAGAACAGUGAAACAACCUGCAAACUCAAUCAUUUCUGUUUUUAUCGGAAAAAAUCUUGUAUUUGUUUGCAUUGAUGAAGGAUAGGAUGACUUGUGACUGUGAAGAGUAAUUUUAAAACCAACUACAUCUGGAAUAUUUCGAAAGGUAUUAGUACAUAAUGGCAGCAACAUAAUUCAAAGAUGUUAAUACAAAACUACUGAAACAAGACACAACCUAAGCAAACCAAUCAUGUUUAUUUUUUGAAACAGAUUCUAACAUAGUUAAUUUGUAGAUAAGUGUAACAGAAUAAAUUUAUCAAACGGGAAAGGAAUGUUAGGAGAUGCCGUGUACUGUACGGUACGCACACUAGAUUUGAUGGAAUGUGUAAAUAAAGGUGACAGAGAAGUA